ACGGAGCCGAGACGCCAUUACAGGGUGGAGAAUCUUCACUUUAAACACAAACUAGAAGGAUACCAAUCUGUUAUUCAAAAGGGACACUGAUUUGGUGAGUCGUGCUGUUAAGGGAUCAUUGAAAUAUCUGCGAAAAUGGCUGAGAAAACCGCUCUGUUUGAAAGUUUCCUGAGCUGCCAUGUGUGUUCAGAGACUUUCAGAGAUCCUGUGUCUCUGAGCUGCAACCACAGCUUCUGUUCGAGCUGCCUGCAGAAAUUCUGGGAACAAAGUAAGAACAAAAACUGUCCCAUUUGUAAAAGAAAGUCCACAACGGACGAACCAGCAGUGAAUUUAACUCUGAAGGAGCUGGCUGACUCCUUUGUUGAGAAGCAGAAACAAUGUUCACCUGAGACAGAAAAAGGAAAGGAGGAAGAGGAGGUGGUGUGUAGUAAACAUCCAGAAGUCCCUUAUUGGUUCUGUAAGGAUGAAGAUAGAGCUGUGUGUCCUGUCUGUGAGUUUUCUCUCCACCAGAGUCACAAGGUGGUUCCUGUAGAACAAGCAGUCAUUGAGCUGAAGGACCUGCUGAAAUCUGACUUAGAGUCUCUGCAGGACAAGAGGGACAAAUACAAACGAGUGGAGGAAACAUACAAUGAAGUGACUCAAGUGUCCAAGAAGCAGCUGCUGUCCACAGAGAGGCAGAUCAGAGCAGAGUUCAACAAGCUCCAUCAGUUCCUGAAAGAGGAAGAGGAGUCCAGACUGGCAGCUCUGAGGGAGGAAGAGGAGCAGAAGGGGAAGACUAUCAGCAGAGAGAUGAAGAGCAUUCAGGAGCACAUCUCCUCUCUGUCACACAGUAUCUCUGCUGUUGAAGAAGAGCUGCAGAAACACAACGGGCCCUUCCUCAGCAGUUAUAAAGCCACUCAGAGCAGAGCCAGAGUCCAGAGCUCACUGUCAGACCCACAGCUGCUCUCAGGAGCGCUGACAGAUGUGGCCAAACACCUGGGAAACCUGUCCUUCAGAGUCUGGGAGAAGAUGAAGGACCAGGUCCACUUCAGUCCUGUCAUUCUGGACCCAAACACUGCAAGCCGCUGGCUCUAUCUGUCUGAUGAUCUGACCAGUGUGAGACAAGGAGACAAAGAUCAGCAGCUUCCUGAUAAUCCAGAGAGAUUCACUAAGUAUGCUGAUGUUCUGGGCUCUGAGGGCUUCAGCUCAGGGAAACACAGCUGGGAGGUGGAGGUGGGAGAUCAUCCUGACUGGCUUGUAGGUUUGACUAAAGAGUCAAUUGACAGGAAGGGAGAGAUAGUUGCCUCACCAGAAUAUGGGAUCUGGUGUUUAACACAUCACAGUGGAAAAUACACUAAUGUUGAUGGUGAGACUGUCAGAGUGAAGAAGAAUCUCCAGAGGUUCAGAGUCCAGCUGGACUAUGACAGGGGGGAGGUGUCCUUCUACGACCCUGAAGACAUGACUCACAUCUACGCUCACAGAGACAUUUUCACUGAGAAACUCUUCCCAUAUUUCUGUAUUGGAAAAGCUGGUGAUGCUAAAACUUGUUGGAACAGAACACCUAUUGUGAAUAUUGUAACACUCCCUGUUCGCCACCAGAGGGCAGCAGCUGACCAUGAAUGA